CCACGCUUUCUUCUCUACAGGAUGCUCCUUACCUGGAUCUGGCCCCAUACAUGCCAGAUUACUACAAACCUCAGUACCUGCUGGACUUUGAGGACCGUCUGCCCAGCUCCGUCCACGGCUCGGACAGCCUGUCCCUCAACUCCUUCAACUCGGUCACCUCCACCAACCUGGAGUGGGAUGACAGCGCCAUCGCUCCAUCCAGUGAAGAUUAUGAUUUUGGAGAUGUCUUUCCAGCAAUGCAGACCAUGCCCAGCAGAGACUGGGAAGACGGAGACCUCACGGACACGCUCAGCUGCCCGCGCUCCACCGCCUCGGAGGCGAACGGCAGCAAGGCCUCUGUGAAGAGCCCGACGCAGCGCUACAACCCCUUCAACGAGGAGAAAGCUGACGUGCAGUCCUCCACCGAGACCACACCGGUGCACACAGCUUCCCAGGAGAAGGCAGAAGCCACCCCUGAAGGAACAGACCAGUCUGAGAGCUGCACGGAGCUGGAGGUCAUCAGGUUAGCCAAGAAGAAGAAAACAGGCAAGAAAAAAAAAGCAAAACCCGAGGAGGCGGUGAACAGCACUGCGCCCCUGGUGCCCGAGACCCAGCAGGCCAGCGGAGACAGCGGUGUGAACGGGCUGAGCGACAGAGAAGACCCACAGAGAGACGAGGGUCCCACUGCCCCGGCGGGUGAGCCGAGCCCAGGAGGGCAGGAGGAGGGUCGGGAGCGCUCGACCCUGAGCCAGCUGGCCUUACGCAUCCCCGAGAUGAAGGACACAUCCAUGGAGAGCGUGGGGCAGCCGCUGAGCAAGGUGAUGGACAGACUCAACGGGCAGCUGGACCCCAGCGGCUGGAACGCCCCCCUGGAGCCCCCCGGGCAGUCCUUUCGGACUGGCACGCCAGGGGAGACCCCGGAUGGAUCAUCCUCUGGCGACUUUAGUGAGGGGAUUUCAGCCCCCAUGGACUUCUACCGCUUUACCGUCGAGAGUCCAAACGCUACUGCACCAGGUGGUGGCCACCAUGACCCUCCAGGGCCUGGCCAACCGCCACAUGUUUCUGGUAGCCCUGAGGCUCCUGAAGAAGAAGAAAGGAGAGAGCGAGAAGCAGUUGGGGCAGUAGAGGAGACUGGAGGAGGGAGUGAUGAACCCCAAAUGCUCCAGACAGAAACUGCCGACCCCCAGGCUCUCUGUGAGCCGAAGAAGGAGCAGCCCAGCCCUUCCCCGAGCAGUGCCGAGGACUCUGGCGUGGAGGAAGGGCAGGGCAGCCCUUCGGAGCUGACCCAUCCCUCGGAGUUCAGGGUGGAUAACAACCAUCUCCUCCUGCUGAUGAUCCACGUCUUCCGGGAGAACGAGGAACAGCUGUUCAGGAUGAUCCGAAUGAGCACGGGGCACAUGGAGGGGAAUCUGCAGCUGAUCUACGUCCUGCUGACGGAUUGCUACGUGUACCUGAUCCGGAAAGGGGCAGCGGAGAAGCCGUACAUGGUGGAGGAGGCAGUUUCCUACAAUGAGCUGGACUACAUUUCGGUUGGGCUGGAUCAGCAGACGGUGACGCUGGUGUGCACCAAUCGGAGGAAGCAGUUCCUGCUUGACACCGCAGACGUGGCUCUCACCGAAUUCUUCCUGGUCUCCUUGAAGUCAGCCAUGAUCAAAGGGUGCCGGGAGCCCCCGUACCCCAGUAUCCUCACGGAUGCCACCAUGGAGAAACUGGCACUUGCCAAGUUUGUGGCCCAGGAGUCCAAGUGCGAGGCCUGCGACGUGGUGGUGCGUUUCUACGGCCUCGUUCACUGGGAAGACCCCAUGGACGAGGCACUGGGACCUGCCAACAGUAGCUACACCUCCGCAGACAACACGGUCACCAAGGACGGCGUCCUGCACUACAAGGCGGGGACGUCCUACCUGGGCAAGGAGCAGUGGAAAACCUGCUUCGUGGUGCUCAGCAACGGGAUCCUGUACCAGUACCCCGACCGCACGGACGUCACCCCUCUGCUCUCCAUCAACAUGGGCGGCGAGCAGUGCGGGGGGUGCCGGCGCUCCAACACCACCGACCGGCCCCACUCCUUCCAGGUGAUCCUGACGGACCGGCCCUCCCUGGAGCUGAGCGCCGAGAACGAGGAGGACAUGGCGGACUGGAUGCAGUACUUCUGCCAGGCUGUCUCCAAAGGGGUGAUUCCCCAGGGUGUUGCCCCUACGCCGUGUGUCCCCUGCUGCCUCGUGCUGACGGAUGAGAAGGCUUUCACCUGCCACGAGGACUGUCAGACAAGCUUCUUCCGCUCGCUGGGCACCGUGGAGCUGACGGACAUCACCGCUGUCUCCACGGAGGCCGGCAAGGAGUACUGUAUCCUGGAGUUUGCUCAGGACAGAAAGCAGUUUCUGCCCCCCUGGGUCCUCUAUUUUAGUUGCACUACAGAACUGGAGAGGUUCCUCUCGGCACUGAACGCUGCAUGGAGGAACAUCUACCAGAUCGACCUCCUGCACAAGGCCAUUCUGGACGCCGCCAUCAAGAAGAAAUGCGAAGACGCUCAGAGCCUCAUCGACAGCGCCUGGCAGCGCAGCGACAGCCUCUGCCGCGGGCGAGCGGAGCGGGACCCCUGGUGUUAACCCUGCCCGGGCUGGGGGGAAGGACGGCUGACGGGGGCCUCAGCGCCCGUAUCCAGCUGCCCCGCAGCCAACUGGCACCCCAAGCCCUCCUGCCGGCGCUCGGGGCCCACCGGGAACGUGCCUGCAGGCGUGGGCCCUGCACCCCAUCCCCACCAUGCUCUCCGCUGAGUCGGGGAGGCCCAGCGCGUUUUGGGGAGACACCGGAUGCUCCAGCGCGCUGGAGGCGAGGCCGAGCUCGGCUGCUUACCCUGCCCAGGCGAGCCUGCACCCUCCAGCCACGGGGCAAAAUAAUUUGCCUUUCACGGAAUAAAUAUCCCACUAGUAGUGAGGGAGCAGGGUGGGCUGGGGAUGAGCAUCCCCCUGUUGCGGCGGGGAGUGGGUCUGAGGACUUGUUCAUUUUAGAACAGGGCAGGGGCGCGGGACACGGGAACACAAAAUCGCUACCGUGCAUGUUUUCUCCUCGCUAAUACAAUCACCGGGUA